AAGCAGCGAGAGCUCGCGCAGCCAGAAAUCCCGCAAAAAUCCACCGUAAAAUGCCGAUAAAAAUCGCAGAAACUAACGGACGGUGAUCAAUGAUGGCGCUUUAAUCGUUUUAGCGACGGACCUGCGGGAAUCCAGCGAGUUUAUCCUUCAUAUUUAUUGAGUUUGACAGCAGACUGCGACGGAACCGAGCCAGAGCCGCGUUUGUGCGCCGAGAUGCCGAGCAAAAAGAAGAAAUACAACGCCAGAUUCCCUCCGAGAUGAAGCUCGGUUUCUGCACGCCGGCGACUGAAUGACUGGAGAGUCUUUGUGUUUGGUUUUGCAGGCCAGGAUUAAGAAGAUCAUGCAGACGGAUGAAGAAAUCGGCAAAGUCGCCGCUGCGGUUCCUGUCAUCAUCUCUCGUGCUCUGGAGCUGUUCCUGGAGUCGCUCCUGACCAAAGCGUGUCACGUCACACAGUCACGCAACGCCAAAACCAUGACCACCUCACACCUGAAGCAGUGCAUUGAGCUGGAGCAGCAGUUUGACUUCCUCAAGGAUCUGGUGGCGGCGGUUCCUGACAUGCAGGGCGAGGGAGAGGAGAACCACACGGAGGGAGAGAAGAUCCCGCGCAGAGGUCGUAAGCCCGGCUCAGGACGUAAGAACGGUGGCGCUGGAGCCAAAGGCAAAGACAAGAAACUCUCUGGCACCGAAUCGGAGCAAGAGGAUGAUUCAGAGGACAGUGAGACAGACGGAGAGGAGGACGAGGACGCGUCUCAAACCAGCACAAACACACAGCCUGCAGCUUUCUUCCACAGUGGGGACGCGGCGCUGGUCUCUCCGCAGGCGUCUCUGAUGGCUCUGCUCCCGGCUGGUUCUGUGCCGCUCCGGACCGAGGACGAGGACGAGGAGGACUACGACUCCUAGCUGUUCGCUCUCCUGCUCUUCUCCCACACAUCCUCCAACACACACCUUUUAGGUUUUUUUAAUCUUAUUUUAUUGAGGCUGUUUUAUUGAGUCGGCGUUUCUUUCUUUUCUUUGGAUGAACGGCCCCAGAAGCGAGAGCGUGUGGAUCCAGCCCGUGUUUUCUUGCACUUUUCUUUGGUUCUUCUCCGUCUUCGGUCAUGUUUUAAGAGCACAUCACUCGCGUCUGAGGAAGUCCAGGAGAUGUUUUGGUUGGUUUUAGCAGCAGAUGCUCCUUGAGUUGUUUUGUAAGGGAAAUGCAGAGCGAACAGUUCUGUUCUUUUGCUUUUGUGACUUGUGCUUCUGGUUUUUGUCCUUUUUAAGCUAGUUUUACGAUUAAAGCUUCUCUCUUGCAGCGAUUAAACUGUCUAGCGGCACUUUCAUGCAGUUUUUAAUUCAUUCUGUUCCAGGUUGUUCAUCAGAUGCGUCUUUAAUUGUUUCAGACACACUCUCUGUUCAUUUCCCCGGGCGAUGCACAUUUGUAUAGAUGAUUUCCCCUUUGUUUUAUAUCUUUUAGACUCUUUUAAUGUUUGCUGUGAAGCUGGAGAGAGUCAGGUGACUUCUCUCAUCUGUUCGCUUUUAACAUUCUCUUGAUUUUGUAUGAGUGAAAUAAACUUUGAGGUUUCAGUAAU